AAAAAGAAACACACACCAACCUGAUGGUACAAGAGAAACAUUAUCUUUUGCCACUUUCUAAUAAUAUUUCGAAUAAGAAUAUCCAGCAGCCAAUUCAUGAAGGAAUGAAUCGACAGCAGCUUCCCUUCACUCCGCCAUCCUCGUCAUCAUCACUGCCGGUGGACACACAUGAACAGUCAUCAACAGGAUUCGACAAAACUUGUGAGAAUGUGCACGAAACUGUUCCACAUCACCAACAUUCUUUAAAAGAAAUGGGUGAAAAUGAAAUUUCUCACUUUGAAAACAUGAUAGGGUCUCUUUCACCUGAGAAGAAACAAUCUCUCAUCUAUUCGAUUCUUCAACAUCAAUUUCAAGAUCAGAAUCAAAUAGUCAGUAUGUUGAUGGAAGAAUUACCACUCCCCACCACAUCAACAGAUGUGAAUAAUUUGGCAUCAUCAUCACCACCACUUUCUUCAUCUCUAGAUUCUAAUAAUUUAAUGAUGAUGAAUUCGGAAUCUAAUCAUCAUCAUCAUUCUAAUGUACUAUUGAUGAGCAAUAACAGUAAUAAUAGUAAUGGUAAUCGUGGUGCUGAAUUUCAAUCAAUAACUCCUCUUGAAGAAUUGUGGUUUCGAUCCAUGAAUAAUUGUUCAUCAUCACCUCCUAUUAAUUAUAAUAAUAAUUAUAAUAAUAAUUGGAUGUUUGAUGGUAGUAGCGGAAAAGUAUCUUGUUCAUUGCCUAAUAAUUAUCAAAUUGGUGGUGGUUUGAUAUUUUCCAAUAUUGAUGACAAUGAACCUCAACAACAACAAUUUAAUAAUCGUCAUCAUUACGAACAUAAUAAUAUCAAACAACAACAAGAAGAAUACAUGAUGAUCGGAAAAUCAUUUCCGCCAUCAAACGCCUCAUCGGUUCAUUUGCAAAAACUAAUGCAAGUCUAUCAUCAACAAAAACAACAAGAAUUGAAUCAACAACAAGCACCUUGGACGAACAAUCAAAUUAUACUAGGUGGUGCCGUUGGAGAGCAACACAAUAUUGUCAACACCCUUAACAAGUCUCAAUUGCUGCCAAAUCCAACUACAACAAACUGUAAUGAAAAAGCAAAUCCAGAAAAAGGCUUGUUGGCUAAUGAGGCUCAUUUAGGAUUUGAUAUUGCUCCUUCGCAAAACAUCACUUCAACCACUUACCAAAGAGGUUCUAGUUCAUUACUCUCACAACAUUUGAAAGAUUCCAUGAGCAAUAAUGGAACAACAACAUGUUUAAAUGAAUCUUUCACAAACAAUGUUCAUGGUGGUGUACAACAUGGUUGCAUUGUUGGUGGUACAAGGGAUGCCAAUGGUAGCAGUUUGCUUCUUGCUUCCAACUUGCCAAGGGAGAAAUUAAUGAAUCAACAACAACCACCAAUAUUCAGCCAAACUCAUUUGCCUCAAUAUGAAAAUAUGGUAACGGAUUUAAUCCAACACCAAUUAUCCUCUUCUCCAUCAACUACACCACCAAGCGGACAUGAAUUUAAUGCUACAACAAGUCGCACUAUGGAUUGUGUUGGGAACGAAUCUUUUUCCUUCAACAACAAGUCGACUGGUGAAUUAAUCAUCCCAUCUUGUCAACCUUAUGUCUCAUCUUUUUCCUCAUUUACCAAGGUGGCCAGGCCAACAAAAGAUGCAGAGGCGAAUCUCAGCAAAUCUAAUUCUGGACCAAACAACGUUCCAAACAACAAAAAAGAGACACAACCUCCCUCCUUUUUUACUUCGAGCAACACUAUAAUUGGAGCCGUGUCAACGAGAAUAUCAAACUCUCCUCCAAUACUUACACCAUCAUCAUCAUUAGCAAGUAGUGCAUUGAUAACUGGUGAUUCAAAGAUUUAUAAUAGUAAUACGCUCAAUAGUUCCAACGUGCCUUCCAUAAAUUCCUCUCAAUUAAUAUCAUCUUCAUCUGUUGGUAGUACAACAAACAUACAACAAGAACAACAACAGAAUAAUCUGAGUGGCCUUCAUUUAAAUAGGAAUAGCCAACAAGAAGAACAGUCAUAUAACAAUAUUACCACCUCUGGAAACAGUCAAAUCAAUAGAAAUCCUCCUCACCAUGCUGCUGUAAUGAAUAACAAUCCUUCAUUGCCAACUUCCAAUAGUACGAGUUAUCAACAAACAUCACCAACAUCUUCUCAAAUUCAACACCAACAAAAUUAUCUUCUCCCCCAACAACACCUUCAUCAAUCCCUCCCUCAAAACAAUCUUCAACAAUCCUCAUUCAUUAAUGGAGCUUCAGUGAUGAAUGGAUUUCCGAACUAUCAACCAAACAAUUUACAAACAUCUGGCCAUAUAGAUGCACCACAGCAGCCAUCAAGUACAUUUACCAGUCAACAACAACAAUUCCAAACAAUGAGAAGUUCAACCCGAGAGUCCCAGGCAAAAGAAUCAGAUGAUGAACCUUAUCUUCCAAAACAAUUUUCUGUUCUCCCUCCAUCAUCUAAACGUCGUAUGAAAAGAAAGACUGACCAAACAUCCAGGAGUACUACUGUUGCAAAUGUGCCAUCCAACACAAUUAGCAGCUUGAAUUCAACUCUCCUAAAGAAAAUGACUGUAGAUAUGUAUUAUGAUAUAACGAGUGCUGGACAUCCAUUCUUACCGAGAGAAGAUUUGGAAAAUCUUUCUGUAAAUGAUGACCAAAGAACAAAUCUUGCUUUCAUGUUUUCCCUGCAGACCUUAUGUUAUCAACGUUUUGGUCUGACAAAGCAAGCACAUGACUCUUUUGAAAAGGCAAAGAAUCUUGUCCUGUUUAACCCUAGCGAUCCUAAUUUAUUUAAUACGGCUUGUACAUAUGUUAAUUUAGCUCUAUACUGUAAUUCAUCAGGAGAUCCUGAAAAUGCAAACAAAUUUUCAAGAAUUCUAGAUUACAAUAUUUUAAGAGACGACUCAUUUAGAGACUCUCAAAAUCCUGAACAAUUGAAGGCACUAACUCAAAUGAAAAAGAUUUCGGAUAUUUCUGGUGGAUCUGGUUAUUAUGGAGAUGAUAGAGGACUGAAUGAUGUUUCUAAGUUUAUUCUCUCCAUUUACCAAUAUUCAACUGGUGGUGAACGUCCUGUUCCCACUGAAAUGAUGCAAAUAGCUAGGCAACCUCUUAAUAUGGACACAUUACCUGAAUAUUUAAGUUUAUUGGACUGUGUCAUGAAAAUGAUGUUAAUUUAUGAAUCUAAAGGUUUACACUUUUCAGAAUCUCAAAAAAAGAUGACCAAAUAUUUGUACUAUGGACUUUCAUAUGGUAUGAAGAUUCUUCUCCUCAAAUUGUGUGGUUUCAAGGGUCCAGAAUUGGAAGAAGCAGCUGAAAAGAUUACUCUUCUAUGUAGAACUCCAACUUUUACAUUUGCACCAACAUUUUUGAUCCAACCUGUUGGUUUGGCACUUGAUGUUCACUGUGAAAUGUUAAAAGAAAUUGACCAGGGCGAGAGAAGUAAUGUUGAAGAAUUCAAAAUUGCCAAAUUACUAAGAAAUGAUAUCGAGUCUCUAAGAUUUUUAACCUCUCGAUAUCCAGAGCUGUGUGCCAACUUUAAUCCAUCUCUCGAUCUAGCAGAAUCACUUUUGGAAAAGAAGGGAAGAAGUUUGUCAAGAUUUUUGGAUGCUGAUAUUUAUUCAUCGAAUAGUGGAGGAGUUACUAUUAUUGAGGAUGAGCUCAAAGUUAUUGAAGGACAAAUCAAGGAAUCUGCCAAAACGAAGAGAAAAUCUAGAGAAGAUGAAAGUACCAAUGAUAACUUUGGAAAUACACCUAAUACCACAACAUCCACCGAUCUGAACUCAAAUCCUCACAAUAUGCAACCUCCAAAUUCCUUUAUUCCAAUUAUUUCGGAAGAGUUCCCUAAAAAUUAUGGCUUUGAUCCUCUGGCAUUCCUUUCUGAAGAAGAUUAUGAAUUGUUAUUUGGAGAAGAUCAAAAAAGUGUUACCACUGAUUAUUAUUAAUUCUUUUUGAAAGAUACCAACAAGAUUAAAUAAAGUUGUUAUCAAGAUUAUC